GAUUAUUUAAUAAUUUAAAGAUUGUGUGUGAGAUAAUAGAAUAUAUUUAUUAUUAGCUAUCGAUCGAGAAUCUUCUUCCAUAUGUAGAAUUUGGAAUGAACAACUCUUCUGCGAGAUUAUCUGAAAGACUAGUACAAGGGCAUUUUAAAGGUUAAACUUCUUAACUCGUGCUACAUCGUCCACUCACGCUACAGGAGAUGAAGUAUUGUUUCUACAAUGGGAUCGAUCAUCUGCAUUAGAAGAAAAGAUCGAGAUAAGAUAUCUCCUAAGAAUCGCCCAGUUAUAUCUAUUAAUAAGAGAAGGAAAAAGAAAAAAAGUCGAAGGCAAGACGUAAGAGAUUGUUAUAACGGAGUAGGAACCAAUUAUGGAGUUUUAAGCACCAUCGUGUCAUACGGUCGAUGCCUUCAUAAUCAUCAUUGUCACAGAACCGUAGAAGCGUGGGGACCGUCUUCGGCAUCUUGUGGUCUUUGUUGUUUCAUCAGAAGUGGACAGCACGUAUUAUGGGACAAUAUCUGGACGGACGUGACCAUCACGGACAAAAAGGGCGAAUUAUGGAAAGAAUUAUCUGAGGAACUUAAUGGAAAACCUAUUCAAUUACUGAAAGAAGAGAAAUUACACUUAAAAACUAAUUUGGAUGAUAAAAUCGUCAUAAAGAACAGAAAAUGGACCAUGUAUCAAAAGAAAGUUGCUAAUCCACCAGACAACCAAACAUCAAAUGCGGAGGAGACAUCUGAGAGCGAAACAGGACAGAAAUUAGCGCAGGGUACCAUAGUGGUAAGAAGAACCAAUCCUCGACCCGGUCAAUUGCAUCGUACUUUAGCACAGGACUGCGAAAGCAUGGAAGAGAAAGUUGAAGUUCUACCACCCGUGGGCACAUUGGAAGCUUGUGAUAAAGCAGCUGCCAGGUAAAGAUUCUUCCUCCUCCUCCUCUUUACUUUCUCCCCGGUUGACAUCUUAUCGUUCAACGAAUUGGUUUCUUAAUUAGAAGCCACUUCUAAAACCUUCUCGCAGCUUUAAGCGAAUUUCUAAACUCAUCUAAAACAGAAUUAACUUCUCAUUAACUAGAAAACAAUUUAAAAUAAAUAAAUAAAA